UUACGAUUAAUUUACGGAUUAGCCGGUUCGGGUCAUCAUCCGGUUAAAUAAGUUGGAUCGAGUCAGAUCGGAUCGCUUUGGUACUAUAUAUACACCCACACAAGCAAGCACUCAAUGAACAAAGAAAGAACCUUCAAAAAAAAGGAAAAUGGCAGAAGUUACAAGUGACAGUACAGUACACUGCUCCUCCUCCUCCUCCUACUCCCCAUCUCCAUCAUCAUCCUCUUCUCAACCCUAUCCAUCUUCACCAAAAACAACAAAGCCUUCCCCCUUCCUCCCCAUCAUCGGCAACAUCCACCAACUCGCCUAGCCGACCUAGCCCGACGACACGGCCCCGUGGUGCACCUCCAGCUCGGCGAGACCUCGAACGUCGUCGUAUCGUCCCCUGAAUCCGCCAAAGAGUUCCUUAAAACCCACGACCACAACUUCGCCUCCCGAUCUUACAUGCCCUCGCCCCACACCAUCUUCUACGAGUCCCGAGACAUCGCGUUCGCCACUACUGGCGCAGGAUGAGAAAGAUCUACACCGUUGAGCUGCUGAGCGAGAGGAGGGUCCGGUCCCUCCGCCCCAGCAGGGAGGAAGAGGUGGCGAAGUUAAUUGGUAGGAUUCAUUCGGGAAACUAGUGAUAAAGAAAAACAAGGUAUGGUUGAUCCAUGGUAAGAUAUACAGGGCUUCAUUUGGAUUAGAGGUAAUCUAUAUCUAUGAAUCCAAUAAAUGCAUCCACUAAAAUAUUGAACUGAUUCCAAAUCUAAUUGGACCGGUGAAUUUAUGGAUUGAUCCAUGGAUUCAAAUGGUAAUUAAAUUCCAGUUUAGUACAUGUAUUUUUUUAUAUUUUACAUUUUGGUACUUAAAAUUUACCAAAAAUAUCAUUGAAAAUUAUGAUUUGUUACCUAAAAAUUUUCAUUAUGACAUUUUAGUACCUAAACUUUCAAAAUUUUCAUAUUGGUCCAAGGCUUCAAUGUCAUUUAUAUCAAUGGAUCGAACCACCAAUCCAAUAUACCAAUCGAGUUGGAUCCAAUUCAUUUGUCAGCUCUAUUUGAGUUGACUUAAUGUAUGUUAUCUAGUGGAUUUAUAAUUUGGUUGUGUAUUUGUCUUAAUCAUUUACCACAAUAAAUGGUUAAUUGAUAGAAAAAAUUUAGGUUUGUAUGAAUUGGGUUAUCCGGAUUUAAAAAAUACGAGAGUUUAGAUUGUUGAAAAUUGAGUGCUACAUAUGUUUAACACUAGGGCAUACCUACAGUCCGUAUUGUUAAUGAAUACACUAUGUAAUCCACACAUUUAAUUUUUUUUAGUCUCAUUGAUAUUUACAUAUAUACACACGUAUUGCAGGAUGUAUUUUUGGCUGGAGCUGACACUUCCCCUUAUACCGUCGAAUGCGCCAUGUCUGAACUGAUGAGGAAUCCGGACAAGAUGGCAGAAGCACAAAAAGAGGUGAGGGAGAUGUUUGACAAAAGAGGGAAAGCCGUGGAUGCAACAAGUCUCGACUACAAAGGUUAUGACUUCCAGUACAUCCCGUUCGGAGCAGGACGAAGAAUGUGCCCAGGUUUGCAUUACGGGGUCGUCAAAGGUUCCAAUAGAAAGGAAACCAAAUCCAGUAACAGAUUGGAUGAAUGGCAGAGGGAUGAAGAGCGCACCAAAACCAGUAACAGUUGACUCCAGAAGUACCGCCAUUUUGUGCUCUCUGGUUUCUCCUUGCAGGUAGCUUACCUAUUGUGAUU